ACAACUUAUACUAUGUCUUCUUUCUAAAACUUACAAAUUAAAUCUAAUUCUUUGGAUUUAUAUUUGUUCUCUUUGUUCUCGUAAAUGUCUUCUAGUGAUUUUUUUUUUCCAUGUCGUCAAUCUCUAUGGCUUCUUCCUGUUCUUCUAAUUCUUUGCUUUCGUUUUCUUCUGUAUCAUUUUUGAUUUCUUAUCUUUCUCUCUUAUUUUUUUUUUUUAAUUAUUAUUUUUUCUCUAUGGAUCUUUGUAGCAGCUUAAGCAGAUUCAGAACUUGACAAGAUGUCUUCAUCCUACAACACCUCGAUUGCCUCAUCCGCCGCUCAGUCCUUCCUCAUCUCAGGUGCUCGUACUGGUGCUGGACUUGGUGUUGGUGUUGGUGCUGGUGCUGGUGCUGGUGCUGGUGCUGGUCGUGGUGUUGGUGCUCGUGUCGGAGCAAACAACUUCAACCGUGAUCACGAGCCGGCGAUGAUUCAACAACCCAACUCCUCCGUUGCUCCACCACCCAAGAAGCGAAGAAACCAACCCGGAAACCCAAAUCCAGAUGCUGAAGUGAUAGCGUUAUCCCCACAGACGAUAAUGGCGACCAACAGGUUCCUGUGUGAGGUAUGCAACAAAGGGUUUCAAAGGGAACAGAAUCUGCAGCUUCACAGGAGAGGACACAACCUUCCAUGGAAGCUGAAGCAGAAGUCGAACAAAGAAGUCAGGAGGAAGGUGUAUCUUUGCCCGGAGGCCACCUGCGUCCACCAUGACCCCGCACGUGCUCUCGGAGACCUCACCGGAAUCAAGAAGCAUUACUACCGGAAGCACGGUGAGAAGAAAUUCAAGUGCGAGAAGUGCUCUAAGCGUUACGCUGUUCAAUCCGAUUGGAAAGCUCACUCUAAGACCUGUGGUACCAAAGAGUAUCGAUGUGACUGUGGUACCAUCUUCUCUAGGAGAGACAGCUACAUCACGCACAGGGCCUUCUGCGAUGCUUUGAUUCAGGAGUCAGCAAGGAACCCUACCGUGAGCUUCACGGCUAUGUCAGCUGCUGGUGGUGGUGGUGGUGCUGGUGGCAGACAUGGCUUUUACGGCGGCGCUGCUUCUUCUCUCUCUCACAACCAUUUCGGUAGCAGUUCAACUUCCGGGUUUACCCCUCUAGCUGCUGCAGGUUACAAUCUGAACCGUUCAUCUCCCAACAAGUUUGAAGAGUUCGUUCCUCAGUCCUCAAACCCUAAUUCCGGCGGUCCUACCAACUUCCUCAUGCAAUGCGCUGCGAACCAAGGCUUGCUGGCGCAGAACGACCAGAGUCUCAUGAACCAGCACGGUCUGAUCAACCUCGGUGAUAACAUCAACAGCAACAACAACCACUUGUUCAACCUCGGAUACUUUCAAGACACUAAGAACCCUGACCAGGCAAGUGUCCCUUCUCUUUUCACCAGUGGUGCUGAUAACAACGAUCCUUCUGCCUUGCUGAGAGGGUUAACUUCUUCAUCUUCCUCAAGUGUCGUCGUUAAUGACUUUGGAGAUACUGAUAAUGGAAACCUUCAAGGUCUGAUGAACUCUCUAGCUGCGACGACUGAUCAUCAAAGCCGCUCCGGUAGCAUUUUUGACCUUCAUUUCGGGAACAAUCUUAGCAUGGGAGGCUCGGAUAGGUUGACUCUGGACUUUCUUGGCGUUAAUGGAGGAAUUGUGAGCAACGUCAAUGGUCGUGGUGGUGGUCGUGGUGGUGGUCGUAAUGGAGCUCCUCUGGACACUGAGAUGAAGUUUUCACACCCAAAUCAUCCAUUUGGGAAAGCUUGAGAUGAUCGUAUAUGUAUGUACAGAUCAUCCAUAUUAUCUAGAUAUGGACUGCUGGGUCCCUUGAAGAUUUUCUUUUUAAGCUUUAAUUUCUUUCGUUUUCGGUUUUCGACUAUAUAUUAAGGGUAUGGGUUUAGCUUGGGGUUUUUAUUUUGUAGUAUAUUUAUCUUAAGUUCUUUUUUUUUUAAUAAUGUAAUGGGAGUCCUUAAUGAAAUUUAUAAUUCUUCAAUCAUUUGAGUCUAUACCAUUUUUUUCUA